UUAAAAAAAAAAAAAAAAAAAAAUUGUUAGCAUGGGCACAUAUGAAAAGAAAACAGAAUAAAACAAGAGAGAAACAAAGGAAGAAAGAGGAACAAAAGAAGCAAAAUUGAUAGAGGAAGAGACACGGGCGGACGGGCGGACGGACGCACGGACGAACGGACGGACGGACAUGUGGAAUGACAAACGGACAUGUGCAUGGACGGGAGGACAUAUGGAUAUACGAAAGGACGGAAGGACGGACGGGAUGGAUCGACGGAUGGAUGGAAAGGAGGGCAGAAAAAAGUUUUUAAAAAAAGAAUGAAAGAAAAAAAAAGAAGAAAAAAAGCAGAAAUAGUAGAGGAAAGAAACAUUUUCAAACAGAAGAUUUAACCUUUGAGCGCUCCUAAAAUUGUUUCUUUGUAGCGAAGAAAAUUUAAUUGUACUUGGAUGUUCUGCCAGACACUCCUGGGAACCAAUCUGCCUGUGCACGCCACUGCAGCGAUGCACCGGUUAGCUCUGCAAGUCUUUGUAGCAGAAAUCUAUAAAUAGCAAACAGGAAUCUGGGUUUACAAAUUACAGAACACGACAGGGACGUUUUUCCAUUCACAAACAAAAAUGAAGUUAGCCUUGAUGUGUGUAGUCCUCGUAGUGGCACUGCCCGCUGCAUUCUGUAAGAAUCAGAAUAGAGCAAAUGCAAAAUCACAAGCGUGUCGUUAUAAAAAGGACAAAGGCCCCUGUAAUCCAGACACAAACAAACAGAUGGUCACACUGGUUCUACUUUCUGGAGAUCCAACACGCUGUAAAAAAGCCAAUAAAGUUAUAGAAAGAAAUUGCAAGAAAGCGUGUCGUUAUAGAAAAACAAAAUCUGCGUGUGACCCGCAAACAAACAAACAAACCGUUACAUUCACCUUGGUUUCCGGCAACCCCGCGAAAUGCAAAAAGGCCAACAAAGUUCAUCAAAGAAAGUGCAAGAAAGUUAAAGAUUGUCGUUACAAAAAAGUAAAAUCCGCAUGUAAUCCAGACACAAACAAAUUGACAGUUUCAUUCAACUUAAUAUCUGGAGAUCCAAAGAAGUGUAAGAAAUCCAAUAAAGUUACAGAAAGAAAUUGCAAAAAAGCAUGUCGUUAUAAAAAGCAAAAAUCUCCUUGUGACCCGAAGACCAACAGACAGACCAUCUCACUCCAGCUGGUGUCAGGGGAUCCAGAGAGAUGCAAACGGACGAAAACAGUCCGGGAAAGAAAGUGCAAAAAAGUCUGUCGUUAUAAGAAGAUCAAAUCUCCCUGCAAUCCUAAGACGAGGAGGAGAACCAUUUCACUGAAGUUGGUGGAUGGCGCGCCUUCUGCGUGCAAGGCGGUCAACAGGGUGUUUGAGAGAAAGUGCAAGAAAGGGUGUAAGUACGAACGAAGUGCGUGGAGUGACUGCGAUUCUUCUACCAACACCAGGAGCCGGGAACUGAGACUGAAACGCGGCAAACCUUCGAAAUGUCAGAGCGUCAAGACGAUUACAAAACCAUGCAAACGGAGACGUUCAUCGAAGGGGAAAACUUGUAUCUAUCAACGUGGUCCGUGGAGUGAAUGUGAUCAGUCGACGAAUACCAUGAAUAGGACAUUGACACUAAAACACGGCGACCAGUCCAAAUGUCAAAGUAUGAAGGCGAUACAAAAAACAUGCAAACAAAGAACUAAAUCAGCUGAUGGUAAAGCCUGCAAGUACCAACGAGCCCCCUGGAGCCAGUGUAACCCAGUGUCCAACACCAUGACGCGGACACUGACAUUGAAAAGCGGAGACGAGACGAAAUGUCAGACUAUCAAACAGAUCAGUCGGACUUGUAAACGCAGGGCGGCACUCACUGCGGCUAAAGAAUGCAAGUACACGUUUGGCCCAUGGAGCAAGUGUAUCACGAGUACAAACACCAAGUCAAGAAUGUUAAGUUUGAAGAAAGGAGACCCAGAGGUGUGCGAGCAGACGAAAGAGUUGAAAAGAAAAUGUCGAAAUCAAUGUAAAUACUCAUUUGGUAACUGGACCGACUGUGACCCGGACACCCAGACACGGUCAAGAACUAAACUUUUAAUAAAGGGAGACAAAUCCACCUGUAAACAAGAGAUAUCAUUUUCAAAAUCAUGUACUAGACCAAAUGGAAAUGAGAGAUGUUUCUUCGGUCCGUGGGGAGACUUCAGUUCGUGUAUGAAUGGAGUGAUGAUGAAACACAGGAAGGUCAUACACGGUUCAGCUGCGUGCGAGAGAAAAGCCGUCAAAACACGGCCUUGUAGUUGAUCAAAACACUACCAAUUUCUAGCUUUAGUCCUGUAGGAAACAGACAGUCUGAUAUAGUGUUUUAUAAUAGUUUCCAGUGACUACCAUAAAAAAACAACCCAAGAUGAGAAUUAAGCAACAAAACCUAGUGUAUGGAUGUAGAGGGUAGAAAUAAUGCUCGGUAUGUUUUGUGUAUUUCAAAUGAUGAUGUAGUGUUGUAGAUUUACAGUUGUUGGUAGACCUGGAUACGAGUAGGCUAGAUCAAAUAGAGUAUUUGUACAGAAUCUCCUUUCAUGCUGAUACGGUCAGCAUCCUUGGCAAAAAUGUGAUUCCUUCUUUGUUACAUUAUGUUUGAAGACUGACAGGAAUUUUAUAACUGUUGUGUGUCUGUGUAAGUGAUAUGUUUGGGCAUAAAAUAUUCUGGCCAAAAUACUGAUUCCCAUGUAUUUGUUCAGUUCGAGCAUUAGGGCUAGGGUUCGAAUAAACAAUAAACAUUCUAAAAGUACCUUAUGAUAAUGGAUAAAAAUGUGCCAAGAGGACUCAAAGGAAUCCUAGCACGUUUUAAACCAUGGUUAUUUGGUGUCUAAUAAUUAAAACAUAAAUUGUCACAAAGAGUAACAUCAUUAUACAUCACAUCACCCCAUUUUUCUGUCUUUUAAUGCAUCGGGUUGUUUUUAAGGUUUUUGCAAUCAAAAACAAUGAAAAUAUACUGGCUUUAAUUUAGAAAAAUAAGGUAAGUACUCUAGUAAAUAUAUGAACUAUUAUAACCAUAUUCUGUUAUCUAAGUUUGUUUUGAUUAACAACACCACUAGAGCACACUGAUCUGUUAAUCGUCAGCUACUGGAUGUCAAACAUUUGGUAAUUCUGACAACACAUACCAAGGCCUUUGAUAUACCAGUUGUGGUGCACUGGUUGGAACAGUAGGGAUCGAUCCUAAACUGACUGCACAUCAGGCGGGCACUUUACUACUGGACUAUAUCCAGCCCUAUUCUUUUAUCUUUUCACAACUGUACUAUCACAUGCAGUGAUACAGUCAAGCAAAACGAACGUUCAUAUCAAGGAUGGAAGGAAGGAGGGUUUUUAUUUAAAGACGCACAACACAUUUUAUUUAUGGUUAUAAGCAUCAGACAUAUGGUUAUGGACCACACAGAUACUGAGAGAGGAAACCCGCUGUCGCCACUUCAUGGGCUACUCUUUCCGAUUAAGAGCAAGGGAUCUUUUAUCUGCACCAUCCCACAGACAGGAUAGCACAUACCAUGAUCUUUGUUAAACCAGAUAUGGAGCACUGACCACAAAGAGAAAUAGCCCAAUGGGCCCACCGACGGGGAUCUAUAUCCUAGAUCGAUCUUGCAUCAGGUGAGCACUCUACCACUGAGCUACAUCCCACCACAAAGUUCAUAUGUCAUCAUCAUUAUAGUGCCUUAACCUCAUUGCUUUUAUGGUCUCGUCUGCCACAGAAAUAUAAAAGCUAAUCUUUAAACUCAAGUUACAUGUGGGAUUUUUAUAAAUUUAUUAACAGACUCCAUAAAUUACCAUAAUCCUGCAUCCUAAAAUAAGUCAGCCUUGUUUUCUAAAAACAUUUUUAAAAAAUAAGAAAAUAAAUAUUCUUCUGAUGACAUAAAGAUAAAUAAUCAUCUUACUUUCAGAAAAGAUGAUGGCCAUCCAUGUUUAAACAAAUAAAUAUAUAUAUUGUUUAUAUUUCAUGUGUAAAUGAAUUAUUAUUCAAUGUUCUAUGAAGGACAUGUCCCAUGGAAUGUAUUGUCUCAAUAAACAUUUAAUUUGAUGUUUAAGCAGAUUUAUGUAUAUUGCUAAUUUUGUUUCAAGUAUAUGAACUCAGCCCACACCUCUGAAUGAAUGAUAUAUUUUGAGUGUGUGAUUACAAUUGGAUUUGUUUUUUCAGUGUUGUAUGUUACUGGAUUAUUGUGUGGUUCUAUUCAUACAGUGUUGCAUAGUUAUUCAUGGAUUCAAGGACUAUUAUUUGUAAAUCUCUUUUGUCCCAAACAAAAAAAAGAAGGAAUAUUUAACCAAGAUAAAACGAUUGGACAAACAGCCCUGAACAUUUUGCUGGGUCAUAAAAAAAAUUACAUACAUAGGUUAUACAGUGAAACUUCUCAAAACCAGACCCUCUGUACACCGGAAUUCCCUCAAAACCAGACCCUCUGUACACCGGAAUUCCCUCAAAACCAGACUCUCUGUACACCGGAAUUCCCUCAAAACCAGACUCUCUGUACACCGGAAUUCCAUCAAAACCGUACGUUUUACCCAGUCCCUUUUCAAAAACCAUGACAGAACUUAACCUCUCUAAACCGGAUCCCUCUUAAUAACGGACAUUUGUCUUGGUCCCAAGGGUGUUUGGUUUAGAGGGGUUUUACUGUAUAUAAUUAACAUCAUCAAAAGACUGAACAUAAAAGACAAGUUCUGCAAUAAUUCCAGGCUACUAAUCCUUGACAUUGUCACACUGAUCUGGGGCAAUACAUUUUUAUUUUUUAUUUAAAAAGUUCGGCAAUAUUUAAAAGCAAGAUUAAAAACAGUUCAGAUAAAAAUAGGCAAUAUUUAUUAGAUUUUUGUAAAUUUACCAGUCAAACAAAAACACCUUGAAUCCAUUAUUGUUAUAACCAAGCUCAAAACAUUAAUGUGUUGAAUGUUGUUGAUCUUACCCACUAUUUGAAGGUCAAUGUUGGUGGAUGAGAUUUGUGUUCUGGGGCCUAAUUCACUAAACUCUUGCAACUUUGCGAUCUCGCAGUGCAAUGCUAAAAGACUUGCAAAGAGGAUGCUUUGUUGUCUAGCAGAGCCUAAGAGACCUUUGUGAAUUAGGUCCCUGUUCCUCUCAGUCUGGAGACUUGUGCAUAUAUAAUAAGCAAGGACUACACCUUUCCGUACUUUGUGGAUAACAUUUAUGAUACAAAGUAUUGGACUUUAUUAUACAUGACAAACUUAACCAAAGAUGAAAGCUGAUCCAUUUAAAAAAAAAAAAAUUGCAUGGACUGUAUUUCACUAUCCUUUUUUUGUGGAAAGUUUAAUAUUUGUAUUGGUCAUUUCUGGUGACAACGGUCACGUUGCUUUACAAUCAUAUGUAUGUUAAAUUGUUACUGCGUCAGAGUAUGUAAUAAAGUGGUGUUCUGUU